AUGGCCUCAGGAUAUGUCUUACCGCCGCCGGCGCCGCUGGAGAUACACAAUAGCAAUGCUGCUGACAAAUGGAAGCGAUUUGUGCUCGCUUGGAAAAACUACUCGUUGGCGACUGGGUUGAACGAGAAAGUUGAAGCCGUACAAGUAGCUACGUUGCUAACAGUUAUCGGUGAAGAGGCGAGAGAAGUCUACUCGACAUUUACCCUGACCGAAGGAGAGACAGACAAGAUAGAACCUGUCAUAAAGAAAUUCGCCGAGUACUGUCAACCAAGAAAGAACGUGCCGUUCGAAAGAUUCCGUUUCAACCAGCGAAUGCAAGAGCCUGGAGAGUCCUACGAGCACUAUAGAACAGCGCUGAGAAAAUUGGCCGAGUCCUGCGAGUUUGAUACGAUUACGCCAGACGAAAUACUUCGAGAUCGGUUGUUAUUUGGAAUACAUGACACGAAGGUCAGAGAAAGGUUGUUACGCGAGUCCAAAUUAACACUAGCGAAAACAGAUGAAAUUUGCCGAGCGGCUGAGAGUAUGCUUGCUCAGAUGAAAAUAGUCAAAGAUACAUCUGAGACAGACGUCAAUGCCGUGAGUAAAUUCGAGUCGAAGAAACCCAACAUCAAAAAUUAUCGGCGAAAGCAACGAGGUCAAGGCAAACAAUGUGACAACUGUGGAUACCAACAUAUGGCAAAUCAGGAAUCGUGUCCCGCACGAGGAAAGGACUGCCGGAAGUGCGGAGCGAAAAAUCACUUUGCCAAUAGAUGCAAACAGGAAGUCAAGGCUACCGAAGUCGAAGAAACAGAUAUGUAUCCUGAGGAGACAUAUCAAACGGAGGAAGUAUUGGCCGUCUGGUUGGAUGAUUCGCAGCUGGUCACAUUUCAAUCAGAGUCUGGAAGUUUCAUCCGUUUCCAACCUGAUACUGGUGCACAAUGCAAUGUGUUGCCAGUGCACCUAUACAAGCAGGCGUGUAACGACCACAAGCUAGUAAAAGUGAAACCCGUGCAAACGUCCUUAGUGGCGUAUGGGGGAUCAAAGAUCAAAGUCGUCGGGCAUGUCACCAUUAGAGUGUGGAGAAACCAUGUAUCGUGCCAGCUGGAUUGUCGCCUUGUUGACAGCCAUGAAAUCCGCCCGAUUCUGGGGCGUAAGGCAUGCCUUGGCAUGAACAUUAUACAGUACAAUGACAACGACCAGUUUCACAAACCGCAGACAGAUGGAGCGACAGUGUUCACCGUUGACCCCAAACCAGGAGCUGCACUAACAAGAGAAGAAAUAUUGGCUAAGUUCCCAGCAGUGUUCAGUGACGGGGUUGGCAAACUUGAUGGAGAAUACACCAUCAGACUAGACACAAACGCUCAACCAGUACAACACGCACCACGUAGAGUUGCAGUAGCCCUAAGACCCCAGCUCAAGAAAACCUUGAAUGAUCUAGUGGACAAAGAGAUAAUAGCACCGGUGACCACACCCACCUCGUGGAUCAGCUCUAUGGUAGUAGUUCCCAAGAAAGAUGGAAAACUGCGAAUAUGCCUAGACCCAAAGGAUCUCAACAAAGCCAUCCAGAGGGAAAACUAUCCCCUACCAACCAUAGAAGAGGUUGCAACACGAUUACACGGUGCCAAGGUGUUCACGUUGUUGGAUGUCCGCAACGGUUUCUGGCACGUCCAGCUAGAGGAAGAGUCGACCUAUCUAACAACUUUCCAUACACCGUUUGGCCGAUACCGAUGGAAGAGAAUGCCUUUCGGGAUCUCCUCAGCACCAGAAGUGUUUCAAAGAAAGAUGCAUGAAUUUGCCGAAGGUCUGACUGGAACCGAAGUUGUUGCUGAUGAUUUCCUGGUAGUGGGCUAUGGCGAGAGCUACGAGGAGGCAACGGCGGAUCACGACAGGAACCUCCUGGCAUUCCUAAACCGUUGUGAUCAACGGGACAUACACCUGAAUCCCGACAAGAUGAGACUUAGGAAAUCAGAGUUACUCUUCAUUGGCCACAUAGCAACUGACAAGGGACUUAAAGUCGACCCUGCUAAAGUGCGAGCAAUUGUGGACAUGCCCUCACCGACCGACAAGCUUGGGGUACAGCGUCUGUUAGGCCUAGCCCAAUACCUUGCAAAGUUCCUGCCCCAGCUGUCAGACAUCACAAAGCCGCUGAGGGAUCUCACACAGAGCGACGUGCAGUUCAUCUGGGAUGAUGUGCAACAGUCUGCGUUUGAAAAGCUAAAGGAUGCCGUUACAGUCACUCCAGUAUUGCGGUACUACAACCUAGACGAGGAGAUUACACUUCAGUGCGAUGCGUCGCAGAGCGGAUUGGGUGCCGCAUUACUACAGAAUGGCCAACCAGUAGCCUACGCAUCACGUGCACUCACGCCCGCUGAGACGCGUUAUGCACAGAUUGAGAAGGAGCUGCUCGCGAUUGUUUUUGCGUGUGACCGUUUCCAUACGUACGUCUACGGCCGCGAAGUCGUCAACAUCGAGACUGAUCACAAGCCUUUGGAACCAAUCUUCAUCAAACCUCUGGCGACUGCUCCGAAACGCCUACAACGAAUGCUGCUGAGUCUGCAGAGUUACAGUCUCAAUGUGAAGUACAAGAAAGGCAAAGAUCUUUACUUGGCUGACACCCUAAGCAGAGCUUACCUACCCGAAGUCAACGCCUGGGAGUGUACCAGGGAGCUGGAGGAGAUUGACCAUCGAUCAUGGAUGCCAGUGAGAGAAGAGACUUGGCAGCAACUCAAAAAUGCAGCAGUAGAUGAUGCGGUGCAACAAAACCUUCGAGAGGUUAUAAAGAGAGGUUGGCCAGAGAGCAAAACAGACCUGCCGGAGUGCGUGCAUCCUUACUUUGAUAUUCGAGACGAGCUAACUGUCCAAGAAGAACUCAUCUUUAAAGGCCAACAGUUGGUGGUUCCUAGAGCCCUGAGGAAGGAGCUUAUGGAAAAGACACACUCAUCCCACAUCGGUAUAGAAGGCUGCAUAAGACGAGCAAGAGACACGUUUUUCUGGCCGCGGAUGACUGUCGAGUUGAAGGAGUACAUCACAAAAUGCGAAGUAUGUUUGACUCAUCGCAGUGGCCAACGAAAGGAGCCAAUUCUCCAACAUGAGUUUGUCGCUCGACCUUGGGGAAAGGUCUCAGCUGACCUCUGUGAGCUCGACAACCGAACACUGCUAGUGGUCAGUGACUACUUCAGCAACUACAUAGAAGUGGCCCAGCUUAACACAGUGACGUCACGAGCAAUAAUAAAGGAGCUGAAGGCAAUAUUUGCCAGGUUUGGCAUCCCAGACACCCUUAUAACCGACAAUGGACCGCAGUUCGCAUCAGCGGAGUUUAGUGUAUUUGCCAAGACCUGGAUGUUCGAACACAAGACGUCAUCCCCAAGAUAUGCCCAAGCAAAUGGGAAAGCGGAAAAUGCUGUACAGACAGUAAAGAGGCUGUUUAAAAAAUGCAAGACAUCCGGGGGGUCAGAAUUCCAAGCACUUCUCGACUGGCGGAAUACUCCGACUGCUGGAAUCGGAACUAGCCCGGCCCAGCGCCUUUUCGGACGUCGAUGCAAAACACUUCUCCCUGUGGCAGGUUCCCUACUACAGCCUAGCUACAACACUGAAGAGGACACCAGGAAGUUGAUAGGUACCAAGCAACGCCAGAAGUUUUAUUACGAUAAGCACAGCAAGCCCCUGGAGCCCAUCGCUGUCGGCGAAACUGUGCGCAUGAAGCUACCAGGACAAGACACGUGGACGCCUGGUACGUGUUUAGGUCAAGCCGGACCUAGGAGCUACAACGUCGAGACUGAAGGUACCACCUACCGACGAAACCGCCGACAGUUGAUCAGCACUGGAGAAACAAACAGCCAAGUACCUGAUGUUCUGGAAUCACCAGAACCCGAUGAUGCUCAGCAGCAACCCAGCCAGGUUGCCAUGCCACCAGAUUCUUCACAGGCUAUAACAAGGCCUUGGCGGGAGGUGAAGCCUCCUGCAUGGCUCAAAGACUAUGUGCCAAAAUAA